GCCUUAGUAUGACAUUUUCAUCAUAAAUGUUAGCUAUAGAAUGACUUUUAUACAUUUCCACGACACAUUCUAUGGAAUGAUUUAUCAAUGCCUUUUUAUGGCACAUGCUGAAGACUGGUCCAAAUCCUCUCCUCUUUUUUGUGUUAGAAUAUUAACAGUUUGCCUGAAAAUAUUUGAAGGACACUGUUUUAGAGCAAGCUAGAAUAAUGUGGAGGGGCAGCAAAAUAGUCACAAAUAAUGCUAAUUACUGGAUUCGGAAAAGGGUAGAUUGCCUUCUCCGGGUCAGGGAUGAGGUCCUGCCCCAAGUGGAGGAGUUUAAGUAUCUCGGGGUCUUGUUCACAAGUGAGGGAAAACUGGAGCGUGAGAUCGAUAGGUGGAUUGGUGCUGCAUCUGCAGUGAUGCGGGCGUUGUACCGGUCUGUCGUGAAGAGAGAGCUGAGUCAGAAGGUGAAGCUCUCGAUUUACCGGUCGAUCUACGUUCCUACCCUCACCUAUGGUCAUGAGCUUUGGGUAGUGACUCAAAGAACGAGAUCACGGAUAUGAGCGGCUGAAGGGAGUUUUCUCAGCAGGGUGGCUGGGCUCUCCCUUAGAGACGGGGUGAGAAGCUCGGUCUUCCGGGAGGGGCUCGUCGUAGAUUCGCUGCUCCUCGGGCAUCUGGUCAGCAUGCCUCCUGGACGCCUCCCUGGUGAGGUUUUCUGGGCACGUCCAACCGGGAGGAGACCUAAAGGGAGACCAAGGACACGCUGGAGGGACUGUGUCUCUCAGUUGGCCAGGGAACACAUUGGGAUUCCCCCGGAAAAUCUGGCCCAAGUAGCUGGGGAGAGGGAAGUCUGGGCCUCUCGACUUUGGCUGCUGCUGACUUCAGAUAAGCAGAAGAAAAUGGAUGGAUGGGUGGAUGGAUGGAUGGAUGGAUGGAUGGAUGGAUGAUUAACCAUUAGUAGCAAAUAAGUUAGAUUGAAAACAUCCAGCUGAAAGUUACUAAAUUGUAGGAUUACACCAUGGCUGACGUAGCAGAAUCGACUCACCAUGCAUUAGGACCGUGCAUUAGCAUAGCCAUGCUGUUAAGUUGUGUUGACCCUGAGGAUUACUAGUUAGUAGUUUAUAGCUUUUAUCAUAAAGCUGAACUUAGUCAUGAAGCCAUAGCUAAUAAAUUAUCUAAAAAUGUGGCCGAUGUGAUUUAGGUCUUAACUUUAAGUUAUCGUAUUCUUCCUAAAAAGGCUAGUUUUUAAUAUUUUCCCUCUUAUCUUUUAAAUAGCCUCACAAAGCCUUCCAAUAAACCUCAUGGCUCCUUUUCAAAAUCCAGACCACGGAAGUAACAUCUGAUGAAACUUUGAGUAAACAGAAAGUCCAUUAAUGCUGAUAAGAAAUGAAACCACUGCUUGUGCUCAUUGCCUGGUGGUGUUUAAUGUUUAACUGCUCUGCCCUCCCAGGAGGGAGGAGGAAAUGUGUGCGAGUUAAAUGUUGGCCAACACUUUGCUCAAACGGAGGAAAAACCUGUCGGAUACCCACUAGGACUUCUGAGGAUCCUGGUGGUUUACAUUUUCAUCCAGACGGGAUUAGAGUGUUUUUCAGCCAAACACUGGAAAUGCUAAUCUGUCAAGUCAGUGAGACGAAGACAAUGAAGAAGAAAAUAGAAGGGAGUCUUUAAAGUUUCAUCUGACAGUGGUAGGCUUCUUGUGAUCCGUUUUCAUCCGAAUGAGGCACACUUCUAGGAAAACUGGAAACAAUUUAAUGCAAAAUUGUCUAAUAAUCGUUGAAAGUGUUGGUCUCCUGUGGUUCUGAGAGGGACUGUGCUCAGCGGGACUGAUAAGCUAUCAAUACCUGGAAAAAUCUGGCUCACCACCCUGCAAUCAUGAGUGAGGGAGAUAACAGGAAUGAGAAAAUUGACUGGAGUCAACUUGAACCCAACUAUGCUGUCAAAAUUUUUAUGACAAUCCUCUACAGCCUCAUGCUGGUGACAGGUAUUGUGGGUAAUUCUAUCACCAUCAGAGUGACACAAGUCCUAAAGCGCAACGGCUACCUGCACAAGAAUGUGACAAACCACAUGGUUAGCUUGGCAAGCUCUGACCUGCUGGUUCUCCUCAUUGGCAUGCCCGUGGAACUGUACAGCACCAUCUGGUUCCCCUUUACCUCUGCAUCAGGUAAUGCUUCCUGCAAGAUCUACAACUUCCUGUUUGAGGCAUGCAGCUAUGCCACCAUCCUUAAUGUGGCCACCCUUAGCUUUGAGCGCUACAUAGCCAUCUGCCACCCUUUUCAUUUUAAAGUUUUGGGUGGAAAGCGUACCUCUGCCCUGAUCACCUUUGUCUGGGUGGUGUCCAUGCUGGUAGCUCUGCCCCUGUUGUUUGCCACAGGAACCCAGGGGCACAUACCAGCCAGGGAAAAUAAACCAGCCCAAAACCUGACUUUCUGCACCAAUCUAAGGGAGCACUGGGUGAUGUACAGGGCCAGUAUCUUUGUGGCAUUCAUCCUCUACAUGAUUGUACUCACUGGCGUGGCCUUUAUGUGCCGGGCCAUGAUAAUGGUGUUGCAGAAAACUUUGGGAUCCUCAGAUAAAGGUGUCAACGGGACUCAAAGAACCACCAAGCAUGAAAGCUCAACUGUAAAGAUGGCACGGAAGCAGACCAUCAUUUUUCUUGGUCUCAUCGUUGGAUCUCUGAUGGUUUGCUGGCUUCCCAACCAGAUUCAUCGCCUCAUGAAGGCCGCUGUUCCCAAAACCAACUGGACUCUUUCCUACUUCCGGAGCUACGCAGCCCUCCAGCUCGUGGCCGACACCUUCUUCUACCUGAGCUCUGUUCUCAACCCUUUCCUCUACAACCUCUCGUCCAGACAGUUCAGGGAGGUGUUUGUUCAGGUGCUGCGGUGUCGCCUCACCAUCCAACACGUCAACAAACGCACCAUGCAGCAGCCCAACGCCUCCUCUGCACGCUCCCUGCAGCCACUGCUGCUGAGGUCACUGCGUCGGAACAAGUCGACGAGUAAAACAACCUCUCAUCAGAACCCGCCCCCGACCUUUACAAUGUUUCAGACUGUGAGUGACUCAGGAGUGGCGUCAAACACUCAGACGUCCAUCAGCCUGACUGAAGAGCUGGUUUUGACUCUCGAAGCACCAAUGAAAGCUCCAUCAGAGACAGAAAUAUGAUGUGUCUCUGAUGAGUUCAGCUUUUAUUAUUUUCUAGGAGGGCUUGAAUUUUAAGUGCAUAUAAAUGUGAGUGAGUGAAUGGUUGUUUGUCUCGGUGGACUGGAGUGACCUGUCCAGGGUGUCCCUCACCUCUCGCCCGAUGACAGCUGGAGAUGGACACCAGUCCCCCUGGUUAAACGGUUAAGAGGACAGAUGGAUGGAGUUAUUUCAGAGUAAAUCUAAAUGUUUUCCCUACAGUUUUGAUUUCAUGGUCUGAAUAAAUGAAACUGACGAGA